AUGAAUGAUGACCUUGAGAGACGCAGGGAGCUGCGCAGACAGAGACGUGAGGAAAUGCGCCUGGAGUCAGAGAAGUUGGGCUCUCAGAAGAAUGAUGAUGAUGAUGAAGAGGCUGCAAGAGAACGCAGAAGAAGAGCUCGACAGGAACGCCUGCGAAACCUGGAGAAUGCAGAGUCUUCAGGUUUGACAAGUGAAAUAAACAAUGGCAAGACGUCAUCCACCAUCUUCACCAGUACACCCAUAAUGGAUGAGGAUGACCAGGCUCUGAUGGAGCGGCUGGCUAAACGGGAGGAGCGCAGGCAGAGGAGGAUGAGAGAGGCCCUGGAAAGGCAGAAGGAGCUGGACCCUUCUAUCGCUGACACCAUCAGCAGUGCCGAAGAUAGGUCUCAGAGGAGGCGCAGCAGAGACACAGAGGGCGAGAGCACCCAAAACGAGGUGUCCACAUCAGUGACCGACUCCCACAAAGAGGAGGAGAAGCAGGAGGAGAAGACAGAGGAGAAGAAGGAGGAGCCAGCAACAGAGGAACCAAAAAGAACACAAGAGACUGAGGAAAAACAAACAGUGGAAGAGGAGAGUCCUAGGAAAUCUGGUCUGAAAGAUGAGGAAACUACAACUGAGGAGAAAAUAGAUCAGAGUGAAUCUCCAAAAGAGGGAGAUCAUGUCCAGGUCAAAGAGGAAACUGAUGUUUUAGAGGAAAAACCUGCGGCAUCUGAGGAUAAAUGUCAGAUAAUUGAGGACGAAGAAAAAGAAAAUACUCAAAAGUGGGAGGAAAAGCAUGAAAAGCCUCAGGAAACGGAAGAAGCCCAACCUGAGAUCUCCAAAACAGAGAAAGAGGAAGAAAAAGCAAAGGGUGAUAUGGACAAACAGUCUUCAGUGCCAAAGAAAGAGGUUGAAGAAAAAUCAUCAAUGGUGAAGAAAGAACCAGAGGAGAAACCCAAAGAAAGAGAGGCUGAGGAAAAAACUAAGAGAUCUUUUUCCCGAGAACAGCAGCCCGUGGUCCCUCGGCAGGAGGCGGAGCAUAAACUUGUGGAGCUGAAGCGUCACCAUGACGCCAAAGACAGUCAGGACAUCGAGAAGAUCAAACAGAAACACCAGGAAGCUGAGGCUGAGCUGGAGGAGCUAAAGAAGAAGAGAGAGGAGAGGAGGAGGAUUAUAGAGGAGGAGGAGAAACAGAAGAAAAAACAAUUAGAAGAAAAGAAGGCCAGAGAGGAGGAGGAGAAGAGGAGAAUGAAGGAAGAGAUUGAGCGGAGGAGAGCAGAGGCGGCAGAAAAACGACAGAAGGAGGAAUCUACCAAUGGAGAUGCUAAAAAGCCUUUCACAUGUGUUCUCCCAAAGGGGUCCUCCCCAAAGAUUGGAGAAAAGGCUGAAUUUUUGAACAAGUCAGCCCAGAAAACUCCAGUAAAGACAACACACACUCCUCUUAUCUGUAAGAUGGGUAACAGACUGGAGCAGUUCACCGUGGCCGCACAGACUAAAGACAUGAAGUCACCCAAGUCUCCUGGUGUGGACCUGCCUGUGACUGAGGGAGUGAGAAACAUAAAGAGCAUGUGGGAGAAAGGCAAUGCGUCCAACCCUGCCAAUGCACCCAUCCCCUUCGGCACUAAAAAGGUACAUGGUGAGGAGUGGAGACGAGAGGAGAGAAGACAAGAGGAGAGGAAAGGAAAAUAG